AUGAAAGAACACAUCGUACAUCAGAGGCUUUAUGGAGUGAUUCUCAUAUCAAGUUUUAUCUUUCUCUCAGAUACGCUUUCACUAAAAGGGAAAAGGCUGGAUUUUUACGGAGGAGGCGACACACACGUAAGCCUGACCAACACCGUUCCUGAACUCAGCCGAUUCACAGCAUGCAUUGAUUUGGCAUUCACGGGUGACAGUUCAAGUUAUUGGAUAGCCUUCUCCUAUAUUACUAAUAACCCCUUCCUGGGCAGAGAAAACAUAGACCUUGGACUUGCAGGGAACCAUCAACAGCUAAUACUAUACAACUUGGGCAAAACCUUUUAUAUCAGUUACCAUCUAAUUCCGUUUCAGCGGCAUACAGUAUGCUUGAUAUGGGAUGGUGUGAAAGGCAGAUUAGAGCUCUUCCUGAAUAAAGAAAGGAUAUUGAUAGUAAUGGAUCAGCCACAAAACCUGAUGCCUAACGGGACUCUGGUCCUAGGACACUUUCCGAAGAAUGCAGUUGGUCAGAUUAAAAAUUUGGUACCUCGCUUUACCGGCAGCUUGUACUACUUUCAACUCUGGGACCGCAUUCUGGAAAAUGAAGAACUCAUGAAGUGUUUAGGCGGCAAUGUAGUUAGUUGGGAAGAAGAUGUUUGGCUUGCCAACAAGAUCAUCCCAACUGUUGACAGGAGACUGCGCUGCUUUGUUUCAGAAAAUAUGACAAUUCAAGAAAGAAGUACAACUCUGUCACAACAAGUACAGUUGACAACUCCUUCCCAAGUUACUGGACUAAAACCACAAAAGACUGCAUAUUACUCUGCUGUGAUAUCUAAAAGUAUGCCUAUAUUUGCAACUGAUUAUACAACCAUAUUAUAUUCCAAUAUAACACUGCCACCUUCGGAAACAACAGCUACAUCAAAAAUUUUAAGAACUUCGAUAGCUAAAACAGCUACUUCUGCAGCAGAUGCUUCAUCUACUUCUGCAGCCAUGACUCUGCCUACCCAGGGUACAUCCGUAUGCAAUGCCACUGAUUCCAUGAAAAUAACUAAAUCUCCAUCUUUAGAAAUCAGAAGGACAACAAAAAUAGUGGAAGCCAUGGCCACUAAGACUUUUCAUCCAACUACAGCUACUAAUUUCCUUUCCACAUCUGGAUUUACUGAGAAUUCAGUUGCACCCAAAACUUCAGCAAUUGAAUCUCAGUCAGUCCUUAUGAAGACAGCAUCUUUAUUUUCAACUAUUGAGUCAACAUCCAUGUCUACAACGUCUUGGCCAAAACAAAAAUCUACUGAUUUUACGGUACCCUCUAUCUCUACUUCUGGACAAGAGUUUCUUGUGUCUACAGCUGCUGGAACUGUACCUUUGUCCACAGGAGAGACUUCAGGUAAAACUACCAGCAUUAGGACUACAUCAGCAUUCACACCCAAGUCUCUGCUUAACUCCACAGCUGCUUCUGUGGAUUCUGUAUUUCCUAGAAAUCAGACAGUAUCUACAUUGGCAACAACCGAUAAGGAAAUAGCAUUUACAAUUCAUUCAGUGAUGCCUACUGAGACUCCAUCUCCACUAAUUGCAGCAGAAACAGAGUUGCCAUCUACAAACUUCCAGAAUGCCUCUUCACCCCAUGUGGAGGAUGCCAUAUCUACCUUCAUGCCACAAGAGACCUCUUCUACGUCCCUUUCUCCCAUGACAUCCUUUCCAAUUACUGGAACUCAGAGUGUACAGACAGGAAUCAAUGCUGAGAGUUCACACACAACCUUCACUCUUGGAAUCACACUUGCACCACCAGUGACUGAAACUACGACCUCCCCCACAGUCACAGAGCCAGUACAUUCCCAGAAUACACCCUCAGCUGAUGACCACAUGUUCACUUUGAUUUCCACUAUAUCAGCUUCCACACCCAAGGCAUUUGAAUUAGGCCCCACAUCUUUAACUGCUGAAACGGCCCAUUGGUUCUCCUCCAAGGAGACCACUUGGUCUUCUAGGCCAGACCAAACUCUGCUGACAUCUAUUAAUGCAACCACCGUACUUACAUUUGUGCCUAAUGAAAAUGUCACAUCAGCAUUCUUUGCAAAUACUACUAACACAGAAAAUUCAUCCACAGCUACUAAUCUUAUCACACCACUGGAAUCAUCCAUGGAAAGCAAUGCCAUCACUAGCACUGAUGCGACUGGAGUCAGAUAUACAACAACUCUAUCCAAAUUGACAUCUCCAUGGUUUGCUAAUUUCUCCACCAUUUCUGGAACCACAUCUGUAACCAGUCUUCCUGAAUUUAAACUCACAACCUUACUAAAAACCGUUCCUAUACCCACAGUAGCUGCAAAUGAACUUCCUUCUACACCUGGGGAGACAGCUGUCUCACCAGCAGAUAUAGGAUCUACCCUUGCUGACAUUAAACUGAAUUUCUCUACUGAGGACAGCACUUUAGGGACUAUACACCUAGAAACAGAUGGUACAAGUGCAUUUGGUGAUACAACAGCCCUUGUACCAACAUCUGCAGCAACACAAAGAUCCAGUGAUGCUAUGACAACUAAAGAAACGACUUCCCACCAUCUUGAAGGAAGAUCAACUAUAGCAGUAGUAUCUGAAAUUUCUUUGUUUCCAACAGCGCUGGAAGUGACAGAUGAAUCAGCUUCUGUCACUGUUUCCCCUUUCCCUGGUGCAGAAAAGUUGACUACCUCAUUGGACAGUAAAACUGCAACUGCUGAGCAGGAAGGGAGUUGGCUUUUGACAACAUUGAUGAAAACCACGCGUAAGAGUUCAUACAAUGGAACUACAGAAAUCUUUAAUUUGACCCACACCUAUACAGCCCAUCGGAUUUCAGAGACAUCCGAGGGGCAUUUAGCCCUAUCUCCCACUCCUGAGAGUACCCAGAUGUUCCCUGAACCCUUGCACACUUUCACCACAAGGAUAACAGGAACCUCUACAGACAGGACAGCUAUGUCCUUGUCUUCCACUACCUUGCCCCUAAAGACUGCAGCAACUCAUAUGCCUAUUACCCACAUGUUCUCACUGCCAAUUACUGUCUCUCCUGUCACCUCCAUGGUGGUAUCUGGUGAAACUAAGGCAACUACCCCUAUAACUUCUAAGCUGGCUAUGGAUUUUUCCACAUCUCUGCCUUUAGAUGUCUCAAACCUGUCAUUAGCUACAAUGACUUCAGCAUUGGUGCCACCAUUGAGUCAAACAGCUUCUAUGACCAGUGACAUCAUGCUUACAGAGACAGAUUCAAUUCAUACCACUUCAGAGGCCACAGUGAUCUCUACCACAAUGAUACCCAUGGCAGUUCCCUCUCAGACAGAAACUCUAGUCCCCUUGCUGAGAUCCCCCAUUCCUACCACAACCAAGACCAAGGCCACAUUUCCCUCCACCUCAGGUGACACAGUAACUCCAUCUGCACACACUCUUGUCUGCUCAAAACUUCCUGCUGACAAUAUUCCUAUUGUGUCUUCUACUCAUGUGAUCUCAACUAUGUCUACACCAGUAGCAACUCAACCCAUAUUACAAGUGCAGGAAUCAUCUACCUCUGCUCUUAGCCUUCCGUUCACUUUCAGUGGUGGUGGAGAUGUUGCUAGCUUGGCUCCUGGCACCACAGAGACCGUUACUGUUGCUGACACAAUACCUUUGCACACCUCUGCCAGCAAACUUACUGCCUCAGUAGAUGUCCACACUUCUCACUCUUCCACGUAUCUUAACAUACCAGCCUCCACUCAGUUGGUGACUGGCAUCUCCACCUUAUCUUCUGACAAAGAUCAGAUGACCACCUCUCUGGGAAAAACCUUUAGACCUAUGGAGGUGACAGAAAUGUCCCCAUCAAAAAAUGCUUUUAUUUCCUCUUCCCAGAGUACUUCAUCCUUGGAAAUGACUGAUGCAGGAUUUUCUGAGACCACAAAAGUUUCCAACCCCCAAACAUAUUCACCUUCAGAGAUUCCACUUGGAACUCUAACUGAUGAGAACUCACUUUUAUCUACUAUGUCCAACAGCACCUGGGUUGCACCUUCCUUGACUUCAAAUAAGACAGUAGAUGUUCACGUUUCAGAAAUGCCUAACAGCCUUGGGAAAAUAACUCUUCCUUUACAGUCUCUGACAAAAACCUCAUUUUUGUCUCCUGCAAAGGAAAGCACAGAUGCCCUUUCAGUUUAUACUCCCAGGAAUGUAGAAAUGGUAGUAAAUUCCUCCUCUGUGACUCACCAGAAUGUUUCCUUUGUAGAUACCACAAUUUCCAGGACAACUAGGACAUCAAAUCCUGAGCUCAUCAACACAACACUUUCACAGUUCUCUUCACUUGAGACUCAACCUGAGGUGACUUCAAUUACCUCUUCUAUUUCAGAAAGCACACAACCUUUCCCUAAAUCCUUGUCUCCUUCCACAGUUGGACUAUCCAACUCCAAAUCUACAGUUACCUCUACUAAUGGGAUCACUACAAACCUUUCUGUACCAAAUGCACCUACACUUCUUGGGGAAACCUCUUUGGAAACGGCAAUUCCUAUUUCCCAAAUAUCCUCAUUACCAGUUGGUGCCCCUACCUUCACCUCCAGCAAAGUUUCUAACCCUUUCACAAUAAUAAUGGCUAAAUCUUCCAGAACACCGUACCCAGGUUGUUUGCAAAGUCCCUCAGUAACCCCUUCUGGACCUGUGUCUGAGAUAGCUUCAGUUCCAGUCAGUGACUCUACUUUCUCACCUGCAGCAGUUUCUUCUGACACUUCCACAACAACUGAGUCAUUGUCUCCAGCUACCCCUAGGACUACUGUGACUACGCAGACAUCUACACUGAACGUCACACUUGUGGCAUGUACUGGGCUGACCUCAAAAAGCACGGUGGUUUCCUCUGCUUUCACUACUUCAGAAAUGACAGAAGUGCCCUCCAGGAUCACUCCCACAUCUAUUUCCUCUCCAACAGAGGCAACUUUUCUGUCCUUGAAAAUCAUUCCACACACUACUUUGGCUGGGGCAGUGACCUCAGAUGUAGACAGCACUGCCUCUUUACUACUCAGUUCUAAGAACACUGAAGCUGUUUCUUCCACUCCAAAGGCCGCGUUUUUCCCACCAGUGUCAACAACUCAGCAGUCACCACAAGAAGAUAAGGUUACAAUUCUGGGCAUAUUAUCUGGGAUUACUAACAGCUCCAUAUCUACUGUGAGCAACGGUAGAGCGACAGCUCUCACAAACGCUUAUUCUAGAAUUCCUGUCCCUGAAACAGUGCUUUCAUCUACCCCUUCAGCUAAUCGUCAUACUUCAUUGAAUAUUCAGGUUUCUCCAUCUUGGACUAACUUUAAGAGCACACCUGGACUCACAGAAAGUAUAGAAGCUACCACUACUUACCCUUCCUCUAACACAGGAAAGAUUUCUUUGUUAGAAAAUACCUCUUUAACAGGUGAGUUCACAAGAAGUACCACAUCUGAGGAGAUUCCUGUUUUGUACUCUUCGUGGACCCCAUCUAGUGCAACUACACCCUUUUUGACAUCACUUCUUUAUUCACCUUAUGGGACUGAAGCCAAGUUUUCUACUCCAAAGAUCUCUCCUACAUCUCAAAUGGUUGUAUUUCCAAUUAUGGGGACAAGAAUCACAUCAAGCAAUACCCAGUCUUUGCUUAUGACCUCCUGGAACACACACAGAGCUGAAGAUUCUCAGUUCCCACUUGCUACCACUACUCAUAUGCCUACACCCAACAAGAUGGAAGCAGAGACUCCACACUUUGUUCCUGGGUCUUUGUCAACGUUUGCAGCCUCUCGGACUAGUCUGGUCUCUAGAGAUGCUAUGGCAGCAUCAUCAAAUCCCACAUCAGGAAUUCUUCCUCAUUUGGGGAUUUCUGAGAGCCCUUCAUUAUCAACAUCUGUAAGGGCUAUCCUAACUAGGUGGCCUGAUAGUAAACACACAUUUGAGAAGACAACCACAUCUGGGACUACACUCCCACCAAAUCCUUCUCUAAUCCCCAAGAUCACUACUUCACCCAUGCUCACUUGGAUUUUAUCGAGUCUUCCAUCAGGUUCCCCCCUGACAACAGUAUCUAAUGUUCCUCAUGCUGCAACGUCCUCUAUAGUAGAGGUGUCCAAAUCCACAUUUCCUGCUUCUGACAUGAUCCCAACGUAUACAUUCACUAACUUUCCAAAACUACCAUUUGCCACUGGAAGCACUGUACUCACCAAAAUUACUUCUACACCUACAGUGGGAAGUACCACUAUUGGCUCCCCAACUUCCCUCCCUAUAUCUGUGAAAGUCACAGAUAACAGCCUGUACAGUCUCACAUCCCCUGAGACGACCUCCAGAACCGCUAUAACUGACAACUCCAGGACUGUGUUCCAACCUCCAUCCUUUAGUGGAAUGAGUGUAUCACCUUCUGCACAUGAUCACACUGUAUCUUUUGGUUCCAUGCCUCUACCUAGUCCUACAAAAAUGUCUGCAUGGAGCAGAAGCUCAGCUACAUCAGCUCCCCCUUCUUUAACUCUUCCCAAGUCCACACUGGACUCCCUUAUAAAUGUAACCACUACUACAUCUACCACUACUGGACCCUCAUUUCCAUUCAUAUCCACUGGAGUGGCACAGUCUUCUACAGCUGUUGUAUCUUCACUAAUCUCUUCCUCUUUUAAGGCAACCUGGCUGGACUCUACAUUUUCCUCUUUAACUACAGAAGUACUCACUUCACCAAUUGCUGGUGAGUCCAUAGUUUCCUUCUACAAUAUUGAAAUGAGGUUCUCUGUGCUUGAUGAAGAGUCAAGGGUCCCUACUGCCGGUGCUAUACAAGAAUUUGUGAAAAAUUGGUUGAAUUUUAUAUUUGAAGGCAGUGAAUUUUGUCUUACUAAUCUAGCUGUCCAAAUUAAAAGCAGAAACAUUUCUAAGGAAGAAAUGGCCUUGUAUCGGAUUAUUUUGGAACAGAGAGAAGGGCAAGCAAUGGCUACAAUUUCCCGUGUACCGUACAGCUGUGCUUGUCAGGCUAUAAUAAAGGCCAGCUCCUCUUUGGCGCCCAUGGAACUGAUCAGCCGGAUCAGAAAUAAAAUAUAUGGAAACCUCACACAUGGAAACUUCACACAAGAUAACUUGAUAUUGUUGGUAAAGUCUGACCAUGUUGUAGUGAAAAAGCUAGAGCCAGGAAAGUGCAAAGCAGAUGAAACACCCUCUCAAUACAAAGGGACAUAUAAGUGGCUAUUAACCAACCCUACUGAGACAGCCCAAGCUAGAUGCAUAAAAAAUGAGGAUGGAAACGCCACUAGAAUCUGUUCAAUCAACAUCCAAACGGGCAAAUCUCAGUGGGAAAAACCAAGGUUUAAGCAAUGCAAGUUGCUUCAAGGACUUCCUGAUAAGAUUGUGGAUCUUGCUAAUAUUACCGUAAAUGACGAGAAUGCGGAUGAUGUUGCAGAGCACAUUUUAAAUUUGAUAAAUGAAUCUCCACCUCUGGAUGAAGAAGAGACCAGGAUUAUUGUUUCUAAAGUAGCUGAGAUUUCAAAGUGUGAUGAGAUAAGUAUGAACCUAACCCAGAUUAUAUUACAAAUAAUCAGCGCUGUUUCAGAAAAGCAAAAUGAUUCAACCUCCAAUCUGCAUCAAGUAAGCAAUGCAAUUCUGAGGAUAAUUGAGCGUGCUGGCCACAAGAUGGAGUUUUCUGGAAGGACAGCAAAUGUCACUGUGUCCGGGCUGGCUUUGGCUGUGCUGCGGGUAGGCCAUGGUUUUGAAGGCAUGGCCUUCAGCAUUCACUCCUACGAAGAUGGCACAAGGCCGGAGAUUUACCUAGGUGCUGUCCCUCUGGGGAGGGUUUUGGCUUCCAUAUAUUUGCCUAAGUCACUGAGUGAGAGAAUUCCUCUUAACAACUUACAAACCAUCUUGUUUAAUUUUUUUGGCCAAACUUCACUCUUUAAGACCAAAAAUGUAACUAAAGCAUUGACCUCAUAUGUUGUGAGUGCUAGCAUUUCAGACACGUCCAUUCAAAACUUGGUGGAUCCAGUGGUUAUCACUCUGCAGCAUAUUGGAGGAAAUCGGAACUAUGAUCAGGUUCACUGUGCCUUUUGGGAUUUUGAGACUAACAAUGGGCUAGGUGGAUGGAAUUCAUCAGGCUGCAAAGUAAAAGAAACAAACGUAAAUUAUACAAUCUGUCAGUGUGACCAUCUCACCCACUUUGGAGUUUUAAUGGAUUUAUCCAGGUCAACAGUGGAUCCAGUGAAUGAACGGAUAUUAGUGAUUAUAACAUACACUGGAUGUGGCAUCUCCUCCAUUUUCCUGGGAAUUGCAAUGGUGACAUACAUAGCUUUCUACAAGCUUAGAAAAGAUUAUCCUUCCAAAAUCCUGAUCAACCUGUGCACAGCACUACUGAUGCUGAACCUAGCGUUUCUGAUCAACUCAUGGCUGUCAUCAGUUCAGAAUGCGGGCCUCUGUAUCGCAGCUGCAGUGGCACUUCAUUACUUCCUGCUUGUUUCCUUAACUUGGAUGGGCCUGGAGGCAGUUCACAUGUAUUUUGCUCUAGUCAAAGUCUUCAACAUAUACAUUCCAAAUUAUAUCCUUAAAUUUUGCCUAGUCGGUUGGGGAGUCCCAGCGAUCACCGUGGCAGUCAUACUGAGUGUGAGGAAAGAUCUUUAUGGGACUCUGAGCCCAACAACCCUGUUUUGUUGGAUUAAGGAUGAUUCUAUCUUUUACGUCUCAGUGGUGGCUUAUUUUUGCCUCAUAUUUUUUGGGAAUCUCUCCAUGUUCUGCACUGUUCUUGCUCAACUAAAUUCCAUGAAGUCCCAAAGGCAGAAGACUCGGCGCAAGAUGAUCCUACGUGACCUCAAAGGCACACUAAGCCUGACAUUCUUACUUGGCCUCACCUGGGGGUUUGCCUUUUUUGCCUGGGGACCUGUGAGGAUCUUUUUCUUGUAUCUUUUUGCUAUUUGCAAUACUUUGCAAGGAUUCCUCAUUUUUGUGUUUUACUGCGUGAUGAAGGAGAGUGUGCGGGAGCAGUGGCACAUACACCUCCGCUGUGGGUGGCUGCGACUGGAUAACUUUUCUGAUCGGAGCAGUAGAUGUGGUGUAAAUGUUGGGUAUAAACAAGAGCGAGUGAAGAAGACCUUUGAGCACAAAUUGUUGACACCAUCCCUCAAGUCAACUGCGACUAGCUCCUCUUUCAAAUCUCUAGGCUCUGUACAAGACACUCCUUCAGAAAUAUGCUUCUCAAAUGAUGACUUUGACGAAGAUCCCUACUGUUUAUCUCCCUUGAGUUGCAAAGUUAUGCCUAAUUGUUGGCUCAUCAAUCCCCGGAUACACUUGCAUGCCUUGGUGGGGACUAAUUUCUCAGCUGAGACAGCCCCUGAGGGAACAGCAAGGGAGGUUCUGAGGAAAGUAUCAGAACAGCAGCUCUCUGAAGCUGGUGAAAGAAAGGAUAGGUCAGGUUCUCAUUUAAAAGUUGUAGUUAAUAGUUCUAAUGAAGGUUCUAAUGAAAAGUUUAAUAAUAAGAAGAAUAUACACAGUGAGCAGAGGCUCUCCAGCACCUUGGAGAAAUGGAGACCCUACCGGAAGCGCUUCAUCAUUCCAGUCACAGCUCAGAAACAGCUCCCUAUUUGCACUCUCACCUACAAUUCUUUUCUAAAUUGGAAUGCCUCUCGUCGCAGCAUUAUUUAUGGUGACAAGGAGUUGCAGGCAAUCUGGCAUCCAUCACUGAGAGAGUGCAGAGGCGAAGGGCAGCCCUAA